GGGGCUAGUACCUCAGUCCAGGGGAGCGAGCCUCUGAGUCUGUGAGAGUGAGGGGGAGAGAGAGAGAGAGAGAGAGAGGGCUGGAGGGACUCCGGGUGCUCCUCAGAGAAAGCAAUCUGACUGCAUGGUGAUCUCUGGCUCUCUGAGUUCUCCAACGCCAUGAAAGGCCAGGAAGACUCAGCGCUCCAAUGGAAAUGGCUGGUUUUGUAGAAACGCUGCCCUUCGACCCGCUGCCACAUGACUCCAGCUGCCUCUGAUGGCCUUGUCGCCUUUUUUAUGGGCGCUACCUCUGUGUGCACGCUCGUGAGGAUUUAAACUUUUCCAGGACACUUAUUUUUAUAUAUAUUCUUUUUUACCCCUUCCGUUACCUCAAAGCUUUGCAUUAACGUGGAGAGCUAGCGGGGACAAUGGCAAACAACUCUUACAGCGGGGUGAAGAACUCCGUAGCGGAGGCCAACCAUGAUGGAGAGUUUGGCUGCACGCUCAAAGAACUGCGCGCCCUCAUGGAACUGCGAGGCACUGAGGGGAUAAACAAAAUUGGAGAAUCAUACGGGGACGUUCAAGGAUUCUGCAACCGGCUAAAAACCUCACCUACAGAUGGUCUAAGUGGGCAGCCAGCAGACAUCGAGAAGCGGAAAACGGUGUUUGGGCAAAAUUUAAUACCCCCCAAAAAGCCUAAAACGUUCUUGCAAUUAGUGUGGGAGGCGCUGCAGGAUGUCACGCUGAUUAUCCUAGAAGUGGCAGCCGUAGUUUCACUUGGCCUUUCUUUUUAUAGACCUCAAGAUGCCGAAAGAGAAGACUGUGGGAAGGCUGCCGGUGGCGUGGAGGAUGAAACCGAGUCAGAGGCAGGCUGGAUCGAGGGUGUCGCCAUCCUGCUCUCGGUCAUCUGCGUGGUGCUGGUGACGGCGUUCAACGACUGGAGUAAAGAGAAGCAGUUCCGUGGCCUUCAGAGCCGCAUCGAGCAGGAGCAGAAGUUCACGGUCGUGCGCGGGGGGCAAGUCAUCCAAAUUCCCGUGGCAGAGAUAGUGGUGGGCGACGUUGCUCAAGUAAAAUAUGGUGACCUUUUGCCCGCCGAUGGCGUCCUCAUCCAAGGCAACGAUUUGAAGGUUGAUGAGAGCUCGCUCACAGGAGAGUCGGACCAUGUCAAGAAAACGCAACAAAAAGAUUUAAUGCUUUUAUCAGGCACCCACGUGAUGGAAGGCUCUGGGAAAAUGGUGGUCACAGCGGUGGGCGUCAACUCCCAAACUGGAAUUAUUUUCACGUUACUCGGGAGUGCCGAGGACGACGAGGAGGAUGAGGAGGAAAAGAAGAAGGAAAAGGGGGAGAAGAAGAAACAAAGAAAAAACAAGAAGCAGGAUGGGUCCAUUGAAAAUCGCAAGAAAGCUAAAGCACAGGAUGGCGCUGCCAUGGAAAUGCAGCCUCUGAACAGCGACGAGGGAGCGGAUGCAGAGGAGAAGAAGAAAGCCAACCUGCCAAAGAAGGAGAAAUCUGUUCUCCAGGGAAAGCUGACCAAACUUGCUGUACAGAUCGGCAAAGCAGGGUUGGUGAUGUCAGCCAUAACUGUCAUCAUCCUGGUGGUGCUCUUUGUGGUGGACACCUUUUGGAUCCAGAACCUGCCCUGGGUCAAGGCCUGCACGCCCAUCUACAUUCAGUUCUUUGUAAAAUUCUUCAUCAUCGGCGUCACCGUGCUGGUGGUGGCUGUUCCCGAGGGGCUUCCACUCGCUGUGACCAUUUCCCUGGCGUACUCUGUUAAGAAAAUGAUGAAAGACAACAACCUGGUGCGUCAUUUGGACGCCUGCGAGACCAUGGGCAACGCCACAGCCAUCUGCUCUGAUAAGACUGGAACUCUCACCAUGAAUCGCAUGACUGUGGUGCAGGCCUACUUGGCCGGCAAACACUUCAAGAAAGUCCCGGAACCGGAAAACAUCCCUGCAUCCAUUUUAGAUUUCCUAAUCUUGGGGAUAGCCGUCAACUGCGCCUACACUACUAAGAUCAUGCCUCCAGAGAAAGAAGGAGGCCUGCCUCGACAAGUGGGUAACAAGACCGAAUGUGCCUUACUUGGUUUUUCCACCGACCUCAAGCGCGACUACCAGACCAUUCGAAACGAGAUCCCAGAGGAGAAACUGUACAAGGUCUACACCUUCAACUCCGUCCGCAAGUCAAUGAGCACUGUGCUGAAGAUGGCUGACGGUGGCUACCGCAUGUUCAGCAAGGGCGCUUCGGAAAUCCUCCUUAAAAAGUGCUAUAAAAUCCUCACAGCAAACGGCGAGUCAAAGGUGUUUCGCCCUCGAGAUCGAGACGACAUGGUGAAGAAAGUGAUUGAGCCCAUGGCCUCCGAAGGCCUAAGGACCAUCUGCCUCGCAUACAGAGAUUUUACCGCCUCAGACGGCGAGCCAGACUGGGACAACGAAAACGACAUCCUCACUGGGCUCACUUGCCUCUGCGUGGUGGGAAUCGAAGACCCCGUGAGGCCAGAGGUUCCAGACGCCAUCAGGAAAUGCCAACGUGCAGGCAUCACUGUGCGUAUGGUGACUGGAGACAACAUCAACACGGCUCGUGCCAUCGCCACCAAGUGCGGCAUCCUGCAGCCGGCAGACGACUUCAUCUGCUUGGAGGGCAAAGAGUUCAACCGACGGAUACGCAACGCAAAAGGAGAGAUCGAACAAGAACGCAUUGACAAGAUCUGGCCCAAACUGCGAGUUCUGGCUCGGUCUUCCCCCACUGACAAGCACACUCUAGUCAAAGGUAUUAUUGACAGCACCGUUAUUGAACAGAGACAAGUUGUCGCCGUGACAGGGGACGGCACCAACGAUGGUCCCGCGUUGAAGAAAGCCGACGUGGGCUUUGCAAUGGGUAUCGCCGGCACAGAUGUGGCUAAGGAGGCGUCCGACAUCAUUUUGACAGACGACAACUUCUCCAGCAUAGUCAAGGCCGUCAUGUGGGGACGCAACGUGUAUGACAGCAUUUCCAAGUUCCUGCAGUUUCAGCUCACCGUCAACGUGGUGGCCGUCAUUGUAGCCUUCACUGGCGCUUGCAUCACGCAGGACUCUCCGCUGAAAGCGGUCCAGAUGUUGUGGGUCAACCUGAUUAUGGACACUUUCGCCUCGCUUGCCCUGGCCACGGAGCCGCCCACAGAAGCACUGCUGCUCAGGAAGCCGUAUGGCCGCAACAAGCCCCUCAUCUCUCGCACCAUGAUGAAGAACAUUCUGGGCCAGGGCGUCUACCAGCUGGUCAUUAUCUUCACACUGCUCUUUGCCGGGGAGAAGAUUUUUGACAUCGACAGCGGCAGGAACGCCCCCCUGAGAGCCCCGCCCUCCGAGCACUACACCAUCGUCUUCAACACCUUCGUCCUGAUGCAGCUUUUCAACGAGAUCAACGCCCGCAAGAUCCACGGCGAAAGGAACGUCUUCGACGGCAUCUUCAACAACCUCAUCUUCUGCACCAUUGUCUUCGGUACCUUCAUCAUCCAGAUCGUCAUCGUACAGUUUGGAGGCAAGCCGUUCAGUUGCGUGGCUCUCAACAUCGACCAGUGGCUCUGGUGCACCUUCUUGGGCUUUGGCUCGCUGCUGUGGGGGCAGGUCAUCUCCUCCAUACCAACCAGCCGCCUUAAGUUCUUGAAAACAGCAGGCCACGGCACCCAGAAGGAGGAGAUCCCCGACGAGGAACUGGAGGAGCUCGACGACAUGGACGAGAUCGACCACGCUGAGCGGGAGCUCCGCCGUGGCCAAAUCCUCUGGUUCCGUGGCCUCAACCGAAUCCAGACUCAGAUCCGGGUGGUGAAUGCAUUCCGCAGCUCCAUCUCCCUCUAUGAGGGCCUGGAGAAACCCGAGUCGCGGACCUCUAUUCACAAUUUUAUGACUCACCCGGAAUUUCGGAUAGAAGACUCGGAGCCCCAUAUCCCCCUCAUAGACGACACGGACGCCGAGGACGACGCACCCACCAAGCGCAACUCGGCCAGCCCCCGCAACACCACGCCCACCCCGCCCUCACCAACCGCCGUCCCCGCAGUCGUGCCGCUCUCGCCCUCCCCAAACCAGAACAAUAACGCUGUGGAGAGCAGCAACCACCUCCUCCCUGAGGCCACCAAAGCGAGCAGCGCCUCCAUGCCGGGCAGCCCCCUACACAGCCUGGAGACCUCCCUCUGAUCGGAAAAGCACGACCGCCUCCCCUGCUAGGUACCUUACCACUUUUCUACUCGGAGGACAGCGAGCUGGAGGGGGCUGUGGUCGGACUAACUUUUGGAGGAAUGUACCGGCUUGUGUGGAUGCUUUGCUUUCUCCUUUUCGGUUCUUCUUAAAACCGCCUCCGCGCCAGGACUCCACCCCCUGCCACCCCCUUGGCUUUGGUUUGUCUGGCUCAAUGAGGUGUGAUUAUAAACUCUUGAUUGAAAGUGACCUGUUUUUUUUCUUCUUAUUCUUCUGAAUAUAAUAAUUUGCAUUGCAAAGAAGAGGAGGCGGUCCUCCUGGCUUGAACAUGUCAGAAUCUUCUAGCUUCUCUUUAAUCUCAAUUGUGUUGUAUAUUUAGCUCUUUGGCCCUCGUUCACACAAAACUCAUUUCUGCUCCAUUUGGCUGUUAAUAUUUUUGACUUAUUUAUGUUUUAUGGAAGGAAAAAAAGCAGGUCUGUUUACAAAGUUUGUAGAUACUUUUUUUCUGUUUGUAGGCAAAAGAGCUUCCUGAUGUAUGAUGCAGAAUUUAAAAAAUGAAUGAUGAUUAUUUCAGAUACUGCUGUAUUUUCAGGAAAAAAAGGGUGUUUCUAUUGAAACUUAAGUAUUUUUGCCUGCAAGUUUUAUUUGUUAUAUAUAUAUAUAUAUAUAUAUAUAUUUGUAGAUAAAUAUAGAAACUUCUAGCCAAACCAAUUAACACUAAGUCUUGUAUAGAGAGGAGGUCCACCGGUCGAUGUGCGUUUAGGGCCUCAACAUCGCUAUGAAUAUUUACUCUAGUUUCCAUGUGCACAAAACCUUCCGGGGUAAAAAAAACGUCUUCUUUUUUCACUCAUUCAUCUUGUGUUCAAAGACUUCCACAUGUUGAAAGUGUCUCAAAAAAAGGGAAUCCGGGCUGUGGGGGCUAGUAUUUAGCAAGCAUCACCUCUUCCACAACUGGACAAAAAGGGAAAGUUUCUGCACAUUCUGGCUCGUUUCGAUGUCAUUUUUGCACACAAGUGGCUAAGUUAUUUAUUCAAACAGACAAAACGUGAAUGUGCCUUGGCUUUAGUUAACGUUCAAGCUUGGGUCCAGUCGCUUCAUUUCCUGAUUAAACCCUGCAGAUGCUUGCUAAAUAUAAACCCCUGCUCAGUUGUACAUAUUUGAAUUGGUGUUUCUCAGCCCAGUGGAGAACAUUUGAUCAUUUAAAGUGUAUUCCAUGUUACAUCUCCUCCUCCACACACACACACACACACACACACACACACACACACACACACACACACACACACACACACACACACACACACACACACGCGCUCAUAGGGAGUUGGAACCUCCUCACAUGUUUUUGGACACCUGAUGUACUGGAAACAAACAAAACAAAUUGGAUGUGCUUUUAUUUAUUUUUUUGGAAUAAAGACGAGGCAUACACUGGUAUCUAUCUGCACAGGGUACUUUAUUUCCUAGCAAGAGUUUUGAUACAGAUCAUUGAACACAAAUUUGUAUUUUUAUGAAACUGAUGAGACCUUUCAUCGUACUCACACAGUUUUUGGAAGAUUUGACACUGCGGGGAGGGUUUUGGCCACUAAAAUAAAUGUGUGUUCUGGAACAUUCAUCUCAGGGUGCAAAUAGGCGUGAGGGAGAGCGAAAGAGAGAACAGGCCUCUUUUUGGUUUCUUUCUUGCCACGUUUGGUUGGUUUGGUGGCUGCAAUUUCUUCCCGCAGCCCCUCCUGACAGUCCUCACCUGCAGGCCCUUGGAAGUGAAAGGAGCCCUUAUGUUGGAUUGAGGUGGCGCUCGUCUGUUGUCCUUGUUUUGUUUGAUGCAUAUGACAAAAAAGCCGUGAAUGAUCGCGAAGACAUUUGAGAAACACAAGCGGAAUCUGUUCGAGGAGUUUGUUCUGUAGCUUCUUCCUGCAACGGGAAUGGAUGUUGUUUUUUUCAUCUGUUUUAUGGAGUAUGAUUUUUUUUAUCUUAACAUUUGAAAAUAAAAGUACUUCAUGUCUGUUUAUCUUGA